AUGUACAGCCGCUCCCCCGAUAGGCGGCGCCGGCAAAAAGCGGCGCGCGCGUCGUUCCGAGUCGAAAACGAACACAAUCAGGAAGCGAUGCCACAAUACUUUCAGAUAUUAGUGAAUGUGCUGGAAGCCCGAAAACUGGCGUGGUCGAAUCCACACUCGGCCAACUCAUACGUGGUUGUAGUCCUCGGUAAAAAGAAGUACCGAUCCAAUAUCAGAAGGAAUAUGGAUGAGCCAUAUUAUAAAGAGUCAUUCAUGUACGAGAUGUAUGCCAGUAUCCAGGACCUGCAAAGGUCUAGCUUGUGGCUGGCGGUCAUGGAGCCCAGAUGUUGUGCACCUUCGCGGCUGAUAGGCGAGGCUACGAUUGACUUGGGCACAAUAUGGGCUCAACCACGUGUCUAUUCACAAAUUAGACUCAUUGAGAACAUUGAACGCCUACACAUAAAAUAG